GACAAACCUUACUUGACCCUUCUUCCUUUUAUCUAGGCGGAGUGAGAUCAGAGGAGGCUAACUCACAACCCGGAAUGAUAAGGCUGCAGAAUGGCCUGAAGAUUUGACCUCACAGGACAACCGCUGCCUCAACAUAUCACAGACAGCUGCUUCACCAGAGAGACUUCACGGUUUACAACGACAGCAGCGCCAUCUUGUGGUGUCUUUCUGCAGCUGCAGGGAGCCUCUCUGUACCGGAAGUGAACCCGUGAGGUCGUCAUGGGAGGCAAAGUCAGCUCCAAAAUGGCAGCACCCGCCGCCCGACUUAUCCAGGCUGUUCGGCCUCACGCUCCUCUGAUCAAGUUCCCCAAAAGACUUGACAUCCCACGACCCAAUGCUCAAGAGGCUUUGAAAACGUUAGCAGUUAACUUCACACCACACAGCGCCCCAGCACCGCCUCCGCCGUCAAGACAUCAUGUACCUAUGACCCCAAUUUCUGGCACACCAGAUUCGCUGGCCUCUAUUCAAUUAUUACCUGCCAGGUACCGCAGGAGACCGAUGGCACCGGAGGAAAUGGACUACAUCCAGCGUGGUGGACCAGAAUGACACAGAGCGACUCAAUCACUGCAACCAAAGUCCUUAUCUGUUUGAGAUCAGUUUGUGUCUUUAGCUCCAUUUGUCACCUCAACCUUAUGCCACAUGAGGCAUGAUGUAGAAUAAAGUAUUGCAUAAAGCCAGUUAAAAAUGUACAUAUGUUGAUUUAUUUUUUUCUUAGAUGUUAAAUCCUUAUUGUAUUUUAUUGUAGGUUAAUUCUAAAGAGACAUCCUCAUUGUUUUACACAAAGCAAAGCUAUAACAGUAGCGUCCAGGUUUUACUUUAUUUACUCAACCUAACAGCUUUCCUAAAUAUUGCUCAACCUUGGUUUUGACAUUAGACCAGCAAUCUUUAUAUAUUUUUUGUGCUUCACUUGCAAUGCCACCACACCUAAAUGAAAGCAUGAAGCUCUGCUACAUAGAAGACAAUUAUUGGAAGAUGCAUUUCACUGCAAUAAACUAAACUGGUGUUUGUUUGAACCGAACGCGGCUGAAGAGAUGCUGGAUAUCAAGUUGCAAUAGUACUGAGUGGAAUGGUGUUGAGUUCAUGUGAACGUCUGCUGGAUUGAAAUGAUUAAAAGAAUAUAUUGCAUUUUG